GCAGGAUGACACCAGCAGAGACCAUCAGGCAGAGGAGCAUCCACCAAACCCUCAGCCUCCUGCACACUGGCCUUCAUCAUCUUCAUCCUCCUGUAAAAUGAAUCAGCGUUUUUGAGGGGUUCUCCAAGAGGGUUCUGGAUCAAGACAACCUAGGAGACAGGAAUGGAGCUCUUAGAGAGAGAAUACGUCAUGGGACGCUGGCCGAUAGUGCUGAUACCAGCCAGGAUAAAACCCGUGUCACCAGCAGAGUCCAUCAGACAGAGGAGCAUCCACCGAGCCCACAGCCUCCUGAGCAGUGGCCUUCCCGAUCCUCAUCCUGCUGUAAAGAUCAUCUGACCAGCCUCUGCCAACAUGCUCCGCCUCCUGUUCCUCCUGUUUGCAGUCAUGGCGCUGCCUGGUGCUGCUGGACAAUUAUUUUCCAAUUCUGAGUUAAACAUCAGCUCGUGUCCCAUCACGUAUUUUGGACAGAAGUACGAAACACUCUAUGUGAACUUUACGAGUGAAAACUUAGUGAGCUGUUUCAACGGAUUCUACGACCCUCAGACCAAAGGCAACUGUUUGGUGGGACCAAAAGUGGAGGAGGCACGGUUUGAUUUUGGAGGAAGGGAUAAAAAUCUAGAAUCUCUCAUUCAUCAGAAUGUGCCAGCCAUAAACACCACCAUGGAAUGCUAUGUUGCCAUAUUCUCUCCAUCUCUGGUUGAUAUUCUGGUGGAUGGAAUCAAAGUCAAGUCUAUUAAUGCGACUUUAGGUUUUGCAUAUGCAGACCUGACCGGCUGCAGACACUCAGGUGGUCUCUAUAACCGAGGUGAUGUGGUCAGUUCUGAUCCUCAAACCUGUGUCAGUCUCAUCUGCUCUGAGGAUGCCAUCCUGCAGAACUCCACCUGUGGACCUCUGGAGCGUUGUCAAGGCAACGGCAGGUGCUCCUCUGACUCCAUGAUGGACGCCAUCUGCACGGUGACAGGUCCCGCUGUCAUCGACUUCCACGGCCAGCAGAACUCUGUGAAGGAUCGCUGUUCAUACUCUCUGCUGAGGAUCCCAUCAGCACCAGGCUUCCAGGUUCUGGCCAACUUCCAGGAGCGCCGUCGUAAAGAUGUGAGCUUCCUGGACAGCGUGACGCUGCAACUGGCAGGACAGGCCAUUGGUCUGAACCAAGGAGGCAGAGUUGUGCUGAACAACUCAGAGCUGAACCUCAACAGCUCGGUUCAGACUGUUCACGGCGUGCAGCUCUCUAAGGACCAAACUGGAGUCACUGCCAAGGUGACGCUCUCAGACUUCACUGCUUCUGUCUUCUUUGAUGGCUCCACCACACAGAUCCACCUGGAAGGACCACCUGGACAGUCUCCACAGGGUCUGUGUGGAAACUCCAGCAGGUCUCUGAGUGAAGAGAGGCUCUCUGAGGACAACUCCACCAGCUGUGAGAAGCAGCACACCGACACCAGUGACAGUUUGAUCAACUGCACCAAGAUGUCUGAACGCUGUAACAUCCUACAGGAGGCGCCCUUUACAUCCUGUGGCGUUGACCCAGAGCCCCACAUCGCCGUCUGCAAAGACACUUUGUGCAGCUAUCCUGAUCUGGACGGCCUCAGGUGUCAGUUCCUGGAGGCCUACGCCAGAGCCUGCAGCAUGAGGAGCAACAGCACCCUGGGGGACUGGAGGUCCAAGGCUGAGUGCUCGCCUCCUAGGGCCUUCUGCCAGGACAGGACCUGCAGCGAUCAUGAGUUCUGUGGAGAGAAGACUGCUGGUGGAGAAACUGGCUGCCUCUGUAGAGCCAUUUUUGCCUCCAAGUACAGAGAGACCAACUCUUUGGGUGACUCACCGGUCUGCAGUCUGAACUCUGCUUCUCUGACUCUGGUCGAUUGUCUCCUGGAGGAAAAAGGCAUCGACUACUCUGCCUUGCAGCUGAAAGAGGCGACCUGCAGAGGACAGGUGGAUGAGCAGAGCCACAUGGUGACUUUCAGCUUCAACAGCUCCAACCUAUGUGGGACUGAAAUCACGAAAAACAACAGCCAAACUGUCUACAAAAACACCAUCAUGACCCAGAACCUUUCCUCUGAUGGCAUUACCCGCCAAGACCAGGUUUCCAUCGACUUCUCCUGCACUCACACUGAUCCUGAUAUAAAGACUGUGGCCUUCAGAGUCAAGUCCAGCUCUGUGGUCCAAGUCAUCUCAUCCGGACCUUGGAAUUACUCUCUGACGAUGAAGGCCUACGCUGACGCCGGCCGAACACAAGCUGUGGACUCAAACACAGAAAUACGGCUCAACCAGAAGGUCUGGGUUGAGCUGGACACCGACGGCCUGGAUGAAAACCUGGUUGCUGUGGUAACCGACUCCUGCUGGGCAACAGACCAGGCCUCCCCCACUGAUGGUCGCAAAUAUUACCUGAUUAAGAAUGGUUGUCCAAACUCUGAGGACCAGACGGUGAAGGUGGAAGGAAACGGAGAGGGAACCUCCAACUACUUCUCCUUCAACAUGUUCCAGUUCUCUGGAAGCUCUGCUGAGGUCUACCUGCACUGUAAACUGCAGCUGUGUGUCAAACAGGAGAACAGCUGCGUCCCGAUGUGUGAUGGACCUCGGAGACGCAGAUCUAUCAGAACCAAACCUGGAGCUGCUGCCUUCAUCAGCAUGGCGUGGACCACUUAGGUGAUUGUCACCUGGACAGACUGCCAGGCUGCAGAUGAUUGGUUGGCCUGAUCCAGAGCCUGGAUGAGUGGAGGUGGAUCCAGUGGAGUGGAGAGGAAGACAGACCAGUCAUCAG